CUCUAGCUGCUUCAACGCUCCUCGCCCGCGCCCAUGGCUUCCCAGGACGGCGUCGAACAGCUCCCUCAGCUCACUGCUGCACAGGGCGGCCAGUCCCCCACCGACUCCUUCGACGAGAAGGCGGGACUCGGCCAUGACACCAAGCUCACCAAGCGGGUCAGCUCCGACUCCUCCCUCGGGUCUGGCAAGGACGGCGAGCCGGACGGCAAGUCGGAGUACGACGAGGAGCACAAGGUGCGGUACGUCAACGGCGAGCCUGUUAUCACGACUGGCUGGGACGUCUCGCGCUACCUCGUCGACACCCGUGACGACGGUGACCCCGCAAUCACCUUCCGUUCGCUCCUGCUCGGGACGGUCUUCGCCGGGCUGGGCGCUGCCCUCUGUCAGAUUUACCUCUUCAAGCCCGUCCAGGUCUCGAUAUCGACGGUCUUCCUCCUCCUGCUCAUCUACAGCUUUGGAGUCGCGUGGGCCAAGUAUCUCCCGCGUCGUGAGUGGGUUGAGAACACUCGGUUCGCCCGGUUUGGCCCGGCCCUGCACUUCUUCAAUCCUGGCGAGUUCAAGAUCAAGGAGCAUGUCGUUGCUUCUCUGGUUGCUUCCACUGCGGCGGGUGGCAGCGCCGCUGUUAUGAACUUCGCUGUGCAGCGCCUCUACUACGACACGAAUGUAGAAGCCACCACUGCUGUACUCGCUACCUUCUCCACCGCCUGCUUCGGUUACGGUCUCGUGGGCCUUUUGCGUCCCCUCACCGUAUACCCUAGCGAGAUGGUCUACUGGGGUAACCUGCCCACCGUGUCCAUCUUCCAAACUCUUCACUUCGACAGCGCCGCGAACCACAAACGUCUGAAGCUCUUCUGGGGCGCGUUCACGGGCAUGUUCAUCUGGGAGAUCUUCCCGGCCUACGUCUUCCCGCUCCUGAACGGCAUCAACAUAUUCUGCCUCGCGACGCAGCAUGUCCCCAUCGGCGCACAGGAUGUGAUCACGAACCUCUUCGGGGGCACGGACGGUAACGAGGGCCUCGGCUUUAUGAGUCUCUCGCUCGACUGGCAGUACAUCACCUCUGUAUACAUGAGCUUCCCGCUCAUCCAGCAAGCCAACUCGUGGGUGGGGUAUGCGGUUUGCUACAUCGCCAUCAUGGGCAUCUACUACUCGGACGUCUGGAACUCGAAAGCGUUCCCGAUGCUCUCCACGUCGCUGUACUCUCAGAGCGGCACGCGGUACAACCAGACCGCCAUCUUCGGCACCACCUUCACCCUCAACCAGACCGCGCUAGAGGAGAUUGGUCUUCCAGCGUUGACCGGUUCGAACGCGUGGGCUAACCUUUGUGCCAACCUCGGCAUCGGUGGCCUUAUCGCCCACACAGUGCUCUUCUGGGGCCCUUCCGUUUGGGACUCCUUCAAGCAGGCGCGUGCCAAGACCCAGCCCGACCCCCACUGGAAGAUCGUGAACAAGAACUACCACGAGGUACCAUGGUGGUGGUAUCUCUGCUUACUCGCGUUGUCCUUCUUUGCUGGCUUGAUCGUCGUGUUCAAGGGCCAGACUACUCUCCCGUGGUGGGCGUACAUCCUCUCUCUCCUGCUCGGAGCCUUCAUCACCCCCUUCUCGACCACGCUGUACGCGCGCAUGGGUAACGGUAUCGCGACGAACCAGCUGAUGAAGAUGGUCGCCGGCGCAGUCAACCCCGGGAAGCCCGUAGCCAACCUCUACUUCUCGAUGUGGAGCCACGACGUCAUUUCGACGUCUAUCAACCUCGCAGGCGAUCUGAAGAUGGGCCAAUACCUGAAGAUCCCGCCCCGCGCCAUGUUCCUCACGCAGAUUUGGGGUACUAUCCUUGGCGCGAUCGUGAACUACGUCGUCAUGGUCUCCGUCGUGGAUGCACAGCGCGACAUCCUGCUCGACCCUCGUGGUACGAACGUUUGGAGUGGUCAGUACCCGCAGAGCUUGAACAGCGCCGCAGUGACCUGGUCACUUGCGAAGCAGCUCUACGGUCCCCACGGGCCAUAUAUCUGGAUCCCCCUUUCCCUCGUCUUCGGCAUGAUCCCCACAUUCAUCCAGUGGCUCCUCGCCAAACGCUACCCCACGAUCGCCGGCCUGCGCACCGACAGCAUCGUCCUCCCCAUCAUCUACCAGUACGCGCAGUGGAUGUCGUCCGGCACGAACUCGCCCGUGAUGUCCGCGAUCAUCGUCGGGUUGGUGUCGCAGCUGUGGCUGAGGCGGUACCACCCCGCGUGGUACAAGAAGUACAACUUCAUCCUCGGCGGUGCGCUCGACGGCGGAGCGCAGGUUAUGAUCUUCAUCCUCUCAUUCGCCGUGUUCGGCGCGUCGGGCGUGCCGAAGCCGUUCCCGACGUGGUGGGGCAACCCCGCGGUGGGCAACGUAGAUUAUUGUAACGGUAAUGGCGCGCUCGACUAAGCGUAGCCUUUAAAGUGGAAUGUUGUACAUGUAGUUUACUUACUUACGGUACUCUCACGACUCUCUGAUGUUUUACGUUUUUGGUUCUGGGGCAGUAACAAUGGAAAUCUCUGUAGC